AGAAAGUAGUAAUACUUUCCAUUUGAUUUGAGCCUGUCCAUCUGCGUCGGAGGAACCAUGAGGUGUUUACAGGUAUCCAACCAAGACCUGGAAGACAGGAUCCCGUCCUAUGAGGAACUGGACAAGCUGGAGAAUGAGGAGGCUGGGGACAGGCCCAAAUGGGACAACAAGGCCCAGUAUAUGCUGACUAUCGUAGGUUUCUGUGUGGGACUGGGGAACGUCUGGCGCUUCCCUUACCUUUGCCAGAGCCAUGGGGGAGGUGCAUUUAUGAUUCCUUUCCUGAUCCUACUGGUUCUAGAAGGUGUUCCCCUGCUCCAUCUGGAGUUUGCUAUUGGUCAACGUCUAAGGAAAGGCAGUGUAGGUGUCUGGUCUGCCAUCCAUCCAUACUUGACUGGCAUUGGCAUUGGAUCCAUGUGUGUGUCCUUUCUGGUCAGCCUGUACUACAACACCAUCAUGGCCUGGGUGAUGUGGUACUUCUUUAACUCCUUCCAAGAACCGCUGCCUUGGAGCCAAUGUCCAGUCAAUGCCAACAUGACAGGCCUGGUGUCAGAGUGUGAGAGAAGCUCUCCAGUGGAUUACUAUUGGUACAGAGAGACCCUGAACACCACCCCAGACAUAGAUAACACAGGUGGGCUACAGUGGUGGAUGGUCCUAUGCCAUGUGUCUGCCUGGGCGUUGCUGUUUCUCUGCAUAAGUCGAGGCAUUGAGACUACUGGGAAGGCUGUGUAUAUCACUUCAACAUUACCCUAUGUGGUGCUGACCAUCUUUCUGAUCAGAGGAUUGACCUUGAAAGGCUCUUUGAAUGGAGUGAAGUUCCUCUUCACCCCAGACAUGAAUGAACUAAUGAACCCAUCUACUUGGCUUGAUGCGGGUGCCCAGGUGUUCUAUUCAUUCUCUUUGGCCUUUGGAGGUCUUCUGUCUUUCUCCAGCUACAACUCUGUGCAUAACAACUGUGAACAGGAUGCAGUCAUCAUCUCUAUUGUCAAUGGAGCCACUGCUGUCUACGCCGCGACGGUCAUUUACACCAUCAUUGGCUUCAGAGCCACAGAGAAGUUUGACGACUGUAUUACUGGAAAUAUCCUGACACUGCUCAAUACAUUUGAUCUCCCUGAGGGCAACGUCACUGAAAGCAACUAUGAUCAGGUUCUUCAUAGUCUCAAUGGAACAUAUCCAGAAGUCAUUCAGGGGCUCAACUUGAAGACCUGUGACUUAAACACUUUCCUUAGUGAGGGGGUUGAAGGAACUGGUCUAGCCUUUAUUGUGUUCACAGAGGCCAUCACUAAGAUGCCUGUAUCUCCUGUUUGGUCAGUCUUGUUCUUCAUCAUGCUGUUCUGUCUGGGCCUGUCCUCCAUGUUUGGCAAUAUCGAAGGAGUUCUGGUACCACUUCAGGACCUGGGGGUUUUCCCCAAGAGUUGGCCCAAAGAAGCCAUCGCUGGGAUAACAUGUGUCGUAUGCUGCUUUGUUGGACUGAUAUUUGUCCAAGGCUCAGGGAACUACUGGCUGUCCCUCUUUGACAGCUAUGGCGGGUCCAUUCCUUUACUGAUCAUUGCAUUCUGUGAGAUGGUCGGGGUUGUGUACCUCUAUGGUAUUGAUCGGUUCAACGAUGACAUUGAGUUCAUGAUCGGCCACAAGCCCAACCUCUUUUGGCAGAUUACAUGGAGAUUUGUCAGCCCCGCCAUCAUGUUUGUCAUCUUUGUGUUCUACUUCAUCACUAAAGUCCAAGAAACACCCAUGUACAAAGCCUGGAAUCCUGAAUCGGACAACUUCCCUACAUUAGAGGAGAAGGAAUAUCCAGCCUGGAUCUUUGCUAUAAUCUUCAUCCUGGCAGGAGUCCCAGGUCUUGCUGUACCUCUAACGGCUGUAUACAAAUGUUUGCGGAACCGCUGCUGCAAGAAGGAUAAUGAGUUUAAACAAGAUGACUUAAACACUAUUGCCAAACAAGUUCACCUGAUGGAUGAGGCUACCAAGAACAAACCAGAGAUCCCAGAGACAGCAGAUGGGAGAUAUUGAUCAGAUCAGAUCACUGUGAAGUCCCUUUGUUGUUUUUAUCACAGGCCUCCAUUUGUUUACUUCAGGCCACUGAGAGCUAAAAGGAGUAGAUAUGUUUGAUACUGCUUUCACUAAUUACGUUUUACACUCCAAGGUUGUAUGGAACGAGGUACGGCAGGAAAGCCAUUAAAUCUUACAUUGAUUGACA